AUGGAGGUUAGUCAUAGGCUUAUAUUGAGGAUUGUGUUCGGGAUGCAAUGUGGCAUCGUGAGGUCGCCCGUGUCCGCCACGCUCCCGCAGAUUGCGUCGCGCCUCUUCCUCGUGUGGGGCGUGCUCUACCCCGCGCCGCAGGUGCUCUUUCGUGUCCCUCAUGCCAUGUGUUCUUUACUGCGCAUAAGGCGCGAAACAAUGUGCCACAGGGGGUCGCUCUCACAGGAAGGCCGUCACUCGCCUGCGACCAUUGCAAGAGGCGGAAGGGAAGGAAAGAGGCGAGGAUGGGAUGAGAGAACCUGGAGGUGCGACUUCCCGUGUCCCGACAUGCCCUCCACCCAUGCUGCCGCCGCUCGUCUGCUACCCAUCAUCACUGCUUCCCCCCAUUCCCGUGUGCUCCCAUUCCCGUGUGCCCCCAUUCCCGUGUGCCCCCAUUCCCGUGUGCCCCCAUUCCCGUGUGCCCCCAUUCCCGUGUGCCCCCAUUCCCGUGUGCCCCCAUUCCCGUGUGCCCCCAUUCCCGUGUGCCCCCAUUCCCGUGUGCCCCCAUUCCCGUGUGCCCCCAUUCCCGUGUGCCCCCAUUCCCGUGUGCCCCCAUUCCCGUGUGCCCCCAUUCCCGUGUGCCCCCAUUCCCGUGUGCCCCCAUUCCCGUGUGCCCCCAUUCCCUACCCUCUUCAUCUCCGUUGCAAGGGCCCAGACUCCCACGAGCCUCACCCAAACGUAUUCAUGUCCCUCAGACUCCCAGACUCCCUCAUCUGCAUGUCACCCCACCCGCUUGAGCUCGCCCCACCCACCUGUGCUUCCCCCACGCCCCUCUGCUCUCCUCUGCCCACCCUCUCCCCGCCCGGCCCUCCCGCGCCUGUGCGUGCCGUGUCUGCUCUGGCUCAGGUACUGCACACUCCAUGCGCCUCGCACUCUCUGCCUCUCACUUACACACCCUGCCCCUCGCACUACCUGCCUCUCACUCACACUCCCUGCCCCUCGCACUCCCUGCCCCUCGCACUCCCUACAGUCGAGAUUCCUUUCCCUCUCGCCCUUCGACUUCCUCACAUUCCUCACCUACCCCUCAACCUCCACCUCUGCCUUCCCCGCAUCCCCCACCUUGUCCCUCUUCCAGCCGUCUCAGCAUCCUCCCUUCUCCAGCUUGCCUCGUUGGACCACUGCUUGCUUUUCUCCCUGUCUUCUGUGCUUGACCUUCACCCACCAACCCUCUUUCUUGCCAUGCUGCUGUACAGCAUGUGCUACGUGCUCUACCCCUCGGGCACCACCCCUCCCUCUCAUCCAUGCUGUUGUGCACCCCUUCCACAAUCUCCCCCUUCCCCCAUCUCCCCCUUCCCCCAUCUCCCCCUUCCCCCAUCUCCCCCUUCCCCCAUCUCCCCCUUCCCCCAUCUCCCCCUUCCCCCAUCUCCCCCUUCCCCCAUCUCCCCCUUCCCCCAUCUCCCCCUUCCCCCAUCUCUCCCUUCCCCCAUCUCCCCCUUCCCCCAUCUCCCCCUUCCCCCAUCUCCCCCUUCCCCCAUCUCCCCCUUCCCCCCAUCACCCUGCGCCCACCAGGUACAGCAUGUUCUACGUGCUCUACCCCUCGGGCAUCACCAGUGA